AUGAAUCAAAUCAGACAGAUCUCUCGGCUGAACGAGGAAGAGUUGCAAAGGUCGAUACCGUUCAGUGCUUCAUGGCACCAACAGUACAAGGACUCUGCGUAUAUCAACUUCGGUGGGCUGCCCUAUGAACUCAGCGAAGGUGACGUGCUGGUGAUAUUUAGCCAGUAUGGGAUUCCUGUUCAUAUGAAGUUGGUAAGGGAUAAAGAAAGUGGCAAGUCCAGGGGAUUUGGAUGGCUGAAGUAUGAGGAUCAAUUGAGCACUGUGUUAGCUGUUGACAAUUUGAACGGUGCAAAAGUGUUGGGUCGGACCAUUCGAGUGGACCAUGCCUUUUACGAGGAGAAGGAUGUUGAUGAAGAGUAUGAGAGGUUGCUGGCUGAAGAGUUGUCGAACGACAUGGCCAGUGAGGAGGAUGAAGUGGAGGAGGAACGGGACGUUAAAGAAGAUGAGUUCGAGGAUCCUCUGCUGCUGAUGAAGAGACAAGAGAGUGGGAAUAGACGUAGUCAUAGGGAGAGACAUGGACAUAGGGAGAGAGACAGAGACAGAGACAGAGACAGAGACAGAGACAGAGACAGAGACAGAGACAGAGACAGAGACAGAGACAGAGAUAGAGACAGAGACAGAGACAGAGACAGAGACAGAGACAGCAGGAAAACUACAACAAGACCCAAAUAAAUAGUUCUAUAUAUAGAGUUAAUUACAAAGCUUCAUGACUCGAAUUGAACAACCUCAC